UUUGGCCGUCAGUCGUUGGCCCGAUAGCCUCAAACGGAGCCCUUCACCGCGACGCACACACGUCGCCAUGCCGUUUCCUCCGGCGCGGGUGGCGCGGGUCUCGCGGACUCCACCACUCUUCCUCGAGGCCGAGACUCCGCGCAAGCUGCCGCGGCCCACACGGCGCCGCGUGGUGGAGGACGAGGAUCGCGUUGGAGGCAAUCCACAAUCUUCAGAGCCAGCUCUAUGCGAUGCUGAGGCCACCUCAUGUCCAGGCUCGCUGUUUGGGCCCCUUCUGCCUACAGUGAGCCUGCUCGAGAGCUUAGCGCACUUGGAGGUGCAGGAUCUCCUGAGCGCCGCCGCCGUGUGUGCUGCUUGGCGCUCGGUGGUGGCCUCCUCGGAGCUUUGGAGCCUCACCGUGCCCCACUUGAGGCUUGCAGAUCGAGCCAUUCAGAAGUCUCGAAGAAGCACCCGGCGGUCUCGUGGCACUGUGGACCGCGGAAUCUUGUUGGGCAAAGAGCGUCAGGAGGUGGCGCUGAGAACCCUCGACUUGGAACGCAACAACGGCAACACCUCCGACGGCCUGCUUCCCAGCGUCCUGCGCGAGGUGGGCUUCCUCCAUGCUGUGAAGCGAGCGCAACACCUCAACUUCCUCCGCCUGAUCGAAGUCGAGGUCGUUCCUCCCCGGGUCUUUAUUGCCACAGAGUAUGUGCCCUGCGACUUCAGCGCCUGGUUCCGACGCGUACUGCCACGCUUGCGGCUACAAGCGGAGAUCAGGGCGAUCUUCAGCCAGCUGUUGGAGGCGGUGGCCUUUCUCCACGACCAUGGUAUUUUUGGUCGAAACCUGCGGCCAAGCAAUGUCUUGAUCACUUGCGAUGGAGUGGUGAAGCUCUGCGAUCUUUGCUAUGGCCGAGGGAUGGAUGAGCCCUUACGCCCCUACACCCCUCUGGAAGAGCGAGUGCGUGAUCUCUCGGGGCGCGAGAAAUGCAAGUUGCGCUACUUGGCCCCGGAGAUGAUCUUGCGGAAGGAGGUCUACGGCCCAGCCAUUGAUAUAUGGGCAGUGGGAUGCCUGCUGGCUGAGGCUUGCCUGCAGGAUGCGCUCUUUUCCGCAGAUGAUGAGAUUGGCCACCUCUUCCAGAUCUUUCGCUUGCUUGGCACACCAGGGCCCAACCAUUGGCCAGAGGCGGUGUGCUCAAAGAUCUUCUCAGUGAAGUUUCCGCAGUGGCCACCCUUUGACUUCCGUCGCACGGUGGCUGGUGGCCCAGAGGCAAUCCUACUUCUGCAGGACUUGGCGAACCGAAUGGAUGUCUACAACAAAGUGAGCACACUUGGACGAGUGCUGGGGGCUUCCGGCAUCGAUCUGUUCUCCACGUUGUUGCGUUUGGAUCCCGCGGAGAGGUGCACAGCAUCAAGGGCCCUGCAGUGCUCCUUCUUUCAAGAGUCACGGGAGUCCCGAAGGCGCUCGCGGUCCCGGAGCGAACCGCAGCGGCGGACGAGGCACAAAUCGCAGCAUAGCCAGGACUCCCAGCCGGUGGACGACCGCGAGCUGGCUUGGCUCGGCCAACUGAGCCAGGAGAUGUCCAGCCAAUCGCAGGCCACCCCAGCGACCGGUUUGGCUCAGAUCCUUGCGCAUUUCCAGCUUUGCACGCAGAGCCAGAGGAGCUUUCGAAUUUGGAGGACGGAGUGGCCAGCCGUUUGGACUGGGUUGGUCCGUGAGGACCUUGCUUGGCGACCACGAUCGGCCCCAGUCUCUGAGCUGGCUGCCAAGAUGAAUGCCCAACAGGUGAACUUUGUGGUGGACAUGAGCCGCAGUCUGUUUUUGGACGAGCAGCUGGUCAAUGAGCAUACAUUGCACCUGGCAGUGGCUUACCUGCAGGACUUCAACUCAUUGCCACCUCCACGGGGAGGUCCAGGGCUCCAUGGGGACUUGGUAGCUUUGGCUUGUUUGAAGAUGGCCGAUUCCAUGAACGAGGUGGCCAAUGAGUUCUUCCAACGCGGCAGGAUGGAAUCCUUCACGCAGAUCCAGGGAAGAUGGACGGCUGAGGAGAUUAUGAAGGCAGAAGUCAUCAUUUUUCACAGGUUGCAGUCUCGCCUCCACCGCCCGACCGCAGGUUGGUUUCUCCACACCAGCUUGGCCUUUGGAGGUUUCAAGGACGUUCGAGUUAAGCAUGUGGCGAAGUACAUCAACAUGCUGAGCCUCUAUGAUGUGGACAUGCAGGACCACCCGGCGCACCUCCGCGCCAUGGCGUCUCUGUUGUUGGCAGUGUACACAUGCUUGGCUUCAGGUCCCAGCAGCCCUGCAGAGGAUCGUGGCUUUUGGAAGCAGGUCCGAGCGUCCGGCGCUUCCAUCGAGGCCCUCGUGCCGAUCUUCACGAGGAUGUGCCAGCUGCUGACCACACAACGCUUUCACUGGGCUGCCCAAGGGCUUGAUGCGGUGGACCGGAGGUAUCCUGAAGCGCCACGCUGCCUGCCAUGCCACUUCUCGCCCAACCUGGCUGAUGAGUUCCUGCAGCCACUGCUGAGGCACGUGAAGUCUGAUCGCUCACUGCCAUCGGGAGCGCAGUGAGCAUCUGAAAGCUGAACGGGGACACGGAAGACGCCGCGAUUUGGAGGUCUUGUGGAUCAACUCGACGCCAUUCGAAGUGGAGGUUUCCUUAGGACCUGAAAAUUCCUCGGCCCACAUUGGUCAGGUGCUUCGCGGAAGUCUGACAUCUCGCCGCGAAACUUGAGUGGCCGGGAUCCAAAUGGCCUCCAGUUACGUAAGCAUCAUGAUUUCUGGAACCGAAUCUGCGAUCUGCCGGUAGUGAGAUGCCGGUGGUGAAAUUGCACGCCCUUCACCGAAUUCGCUUGGGGCUGCGUCGUGUGACCGAAAUCGGCUAGAGAAAGCGCCUGUGGAAAGUGCCUCGUG